AUGAGGAGAAACUUCACCUCAGUGACUGAGUUCAUUCUCCUUGGACUGACCAGUUGCCUGGAACUGCAGAUUGUCCUCUUCCUGCUGUUUCUGGCCAUUUACAUGGUCAUGGUCACAGGGAAUGUUGGCAUGAUUGUCCUCAUCCAUGUCAAUGCCCGGCUCCAUAAACCCAUGUACUUUUUCCUGAGCCACUUGUCCUUUGUGGAUCUGUGCUUCUCUUCCAACGUGACUCCCAAGACGCUGGAGAUCUUCUUGUCGGAGAAAGAAACCAUUUCCUAUCCUGCUUGUCUGGUGCAGUGUUAUUUCUUUAUUGCCUUGGUCCACAUAGAGAUGUACAUCCUGGCUGCAAUGGCUUUUGAUCGGUACAUGGCCAUCUGCAACCCUCUGCUGUAUGGCAGCAAGAUGUCCAAGAGUGUGUGCACGACCCUCAUCAUGGAGCCUUACGUGUAUGGGGCACUCACGGGCCUCAUGGAGACCAUGUGGACCUACAACCUCGCCUUCUGUGGCCCCAAUGAAAUUAACCACUUCUACUGCGCUGACCCACCACUAAUUAAGCUGGCCUGUUCUGACACUUCCAACAAGGAGCUGUCAAUGUUUAAAAUGCUUAAUUUCACCGAUGUGACAGAGCUUAUUCUUUUGGGACUAACCAGUCGUCAGGAAUGGCAAGUCCUCUUCUUCAUCAUUUUUCUUAUGGUCUAUGUUGUCACCGUGGUAGGCAAUAUUGGCAUGAUCAUGUUAAUUAAGGUCAGUCCACAGCUUAACAGCCCCAUGUACUUUUUCCUCAGUCAUUUGUCAUUUGUGGAUGUCUGGUUUUCUUCCAAUGUGACCCCCAAAAUGUUGGAAAAUCCGUUAUCAGAAACAAAAACUAUUUCUUAUGCUGGUUGUUUGGUACAGUGUUUCUUCUUCAUUGCCCUCGUCCAUGUAGAAAUUUUUAUUCUUGCCGUGAUGGCCUUUGAUAGGUACAUGGCAAUUGGGAAACCUCUGCUGUACAGCAGCAAAAUGUCUAGGGUGGUCUGUAUGCGACUGAUUUCUUUCCCUUAUGUAUAUGGCUUUCUGACUAGUCUGGCUGCAACCCUGUGGACAUAUGGCAUGUCCUUUUGUGGGAAUAUUGAGAUCAAUCACUUCUACUGUGCAGACCCACCUCUCAUCAAAAUGGCAUGUGCUGGGACUUUAGUAAAAGAAUAUACGAUGACCAUUCUUGGAGGCAUCAAUGUGACAUAUUCUCUGACUGUGGUGAUCAUUUCAUAUCUGUUCAUUCUCAUUGCCAUUCUACGGAUGCACUCAGCGGAAGGGAGGAGGAAGGCCUUUUCCACCUGUGGCUCCCACUUGACAGCGGUCAUCAUAUUUUAUGGGACUCUCAUAUUCAUGUAUCUCAGGAGUCCCACAGAGGAGUCUGUGGAGCAGGGGAAAAUGGUGGCUGUGUUUACACCACAGUGA